AUGGAGAACAUAGAUGGAAAUAUGAGAGAAAUGGCACUACGACUAUCAUUAGAAGAGGAAGAUAGGCGAAAGACCGAUCCAGUGGAAACACACGAACGAUCUAUCAUCAUUUUAGGCAGUAAGGGGGUGGGAAAAACAACGAUGGUUUAUCGUUUCUUGGAAAAAGAAGAGUCGCCUAAACCAACCAUCGCCAUGGACUAUUCUUUUGGCCGCAAAGCCGGGAAGAGCUUGGUGAAAGACAUUGUCCAUGUUUGGGAGGUUGGCCCCUUGACGUCAUCGCUUCUUUCUGCUGCAAUGACGGGAUCGGCAUUGACCCAUUCCCCUCAUCAUACGACUCUACUGAUGAUGUUGGAUCUCUCGAAGCCAGAGGUUCUUUGGACUUCGUUAGAGGAAUGUCUAACCAUAGCUCGAAGCGCGAUAAAAAUGAGCUUCGACGAUAAAACCAUCCAGGCUAUGAGGGAACAACGAAAAAAUGAGAGGCAAUUGCACCAUGAAGUUCGAGGAGAAGAAGGGGAACCAUUCCCGAUGAAAUUGUGCAUCGUCGGUGGUAGAUACGAUGAAUUUAAAGAAUUUGAACCGGAUAAAAAGCAACUAAUUGGUCGGACGCUGCGUGCAGUAGGGUACGCUUUGGGCGCCGGGCUUCAAUAUCACUCUAGCAGAGAUACGGCGCUUGUACGAAGAACCAAGGACAUGUUGUCACAUUACGGAUUCGGUGCUCAACCAAUGAAAUCCGUUACCACCGAUUACGAGAAACCGUUGCUGAUACCAGCCGGGAUUGAUUCCUUGGAUCAGAUAGGGUUGACUUUUCCACCAGGUCGAACAGCGAACAUUUUGAACUCGAUAAAACAGACAUACGUCACUCAUGUUCCUCAGGUAGCGAAGGAGGAUGAGAAUCCGCAAGAUUUGGAAGAUCCUGCCAACGAUCCCAACUUCAAAGAACCAAUCAUAGACCGGCUGAGAGCGCAACGAGAAGAGGAAAUCGGAGUGCUCCUUCAGGAGAUGCUGGAGGGCCGAGCCCUGAAGAUACCGAUUCCAGAGCCCAUAUAG